AUGGCCAUGAGCUUCGAUGGGAAAGAAGCAGGCUUGCUUGAGAAGGAAACGAAGCACCUUAGAAGAAUUAACUCUGGAGGCACCAAAGAUGGCUCUGAACAGUGGGGAUAUGUUGAAGUUAGACCAAAAGCACAUAUGUUCUGGUGGCUGUAUCUGAGUCCUAAUAGAGUUGAGAAUGGCUCUACUCCAUGGCCAACAGUGCUAUGGUUGCAAGGAGGACCUGGAGCUUCAGGUGUUGGUCUCGGAAACUUCAAAGAGAUUGGACCGUUGGACACCAAUCUCAACCCUAGAAACUCCACAUGGUUGCAGAAAGCCAAUCUUCUGUUUGUGGAUAAUCCAGUAGGAACUGGAUAUAGUUAUGUGGAGGAUUCCAACUCUUAUGUCACUACUGAUGAGGAAGCAGCCACAGACUUAACAGCUCUUCUGAAAAACCUCUAUAAUAACAAUCAGAUGCUUCAGAAAAGCCCUUUGUAUGCAGUAGCAGAGUCUUAUGGAGGAAAAUUUGCUGUUACUCUCGCCUUAUCUGUUUCCAAAGCUAUCAAAGCUGGAGAAUUAAAGCUCAACUUUUCUGGAAUUGCUUUAGGAGAUAGCUGGAUUUCUCCUGAAGAUUUUGUGUUAUCAUGGGGACCUUUACUGAGAGAUGUCUCCAGGCUUGAUAUUAACGGAGAAGCACAGUCUAACAACCUUGCAAAGAAAAUCCAGGAGCAAAUUGCAAAUGGGCAAUACUCUGAUGCUACUGGAACUUGGAGAGAACUGGAAAGCGUGAUUAGCGAGAACAGCAAUAAUGUAAACUUCUAUAACUUCUUAUUAGAUGAUUCUGAAGCAAUCGUUGCUUCAACUACUGAAACUUCAGUAAGAAAAACCAUAGAGAAGUAUUCAAUGAAUCUCAUCAGUUCUAAGCCUUCUGCUGCUGGAAGUAUUGAGGAUCUUAUGAAUGGAGCUGUUAGGGAUAAGCUAAAGAUAAUUCCCAAGAAUGUCAUUUGGGAAGAAGAAUCUGGCUAUGUCUUCAGUUCUUUGCAAAAUGACUUCAUGAAACCAAGGAUCAAUGAGGUUGAUGAGCUAUUGUCCAUGGGAGUUGAUGUCACUAUAUACAAUGGACAGGUUGAUUUGAUUUGUGCAACAAAGGGUGUGGAGGCUUGGGUCCAGAAGCUCAAAUGGGAAGAUCUACAAAAAUUCAAUAAUGCUGAGCGAAGCCCUUUGUAUUGUGGAAAUGAUGGUCUUACAGCUGCUUUCAAGAAGUCUUAUAAGAACUUCCAUUUCUAUUGGAUAUUAGGUGCAGGCCAUUUUGUUCCAGUGGAGCAACCAUGUGUAGCAUUAAAGAUGAUAGGUGAAAUUACCCAGUCACCAGCAAAGGCUUCAUCUUAAAAGAUUGUUAAAGCCUUGUACAAGUUAGAUUAUGAAGAAGCAUAUUUAUUACUGUUUUUUAACUACAAUUGUUGCAUUAUAUGUGUACUUUUAUUACAAAAAUCACCUCCAAGCAAAUGUAAAAGUUGCAGUCUAAGAUUUUCUUUGGGAUAACCUUCUCAUUGUUUUGUUUUUCAGAUCGCAGCAAAAAAAUAUUUAACUGACCAUUACUUUUUCACUGCUUUCAAGAUUUUUUUUCCUUAGGAAGUUGCUUUCUACAACAGCUUUUAAGAAAAUUAUUUUCUCCAUAAUAACUUUGCAACCAAGUUCAUAAAAAAUUACAGCUGUCCCAAACGGAUUCAACGAAAUUUCUAUGAUAAAGAGUUUUUCACAACUAUGUCUGCUAAAGCCUAAGUAUAGUAGCAAUACAUAUUGAAUGCUAGA